AUGGACCUAGCGAGCGAUGUCAUUGGCCAGGAAGGGGACACGUUUGAGUUUUAUGCCACCUACCUCGUCGCUGCUGUGGUCACUCGGAUAUUCUCAUAUAUGAUCGACAGUGGGGUCCAAUACGGCUACAUCUGCACGGGGGAGGCUUUUGUUUUCCUUCAUAUCCCGAAGGAUGACCCCACAGUUGUUCAAUAUUUCUUGUGUAUCCCGAAUCAGGAUGUGCAGGUGGACGAUGAUUGGCGCCUCCACCGGACUGCCAUCGGUCAGGUGCUUGCAUUUACCCUUCAAGCGCUAGCGGCCGAAGAUCCAUCUCAAGAAUGGCAUGAUGUGGCACAUGACAAACUAAAGACCUGGGAGGUUGAAUACCAAGACGUGUUGAGAAGAAUUCCCGAAACACUUCGUAAAGAUCCACGAGCCUCCAAUUACCGACCCUCGCACUGGAAACUAGAGCCAAAGACACACAAUACUCGAUCACAUGCUCGCUGUCAACCAGGCGUGUCUACUCCGAAGCAUUCGUCGACCGAAGGCAGCGGCAGUGAUGAAGAAUCGCAUUCGCCAUCUAUCGCAGCAGCGGCGCGCAGCAGGCCGAGCCGUGGCGAAGGCAACAACCGUCAAUCGACCACAGAAAGUGAAAGUAGACGAGCCGGUCGGGACAACAAACAGACCUCUCAAAAAUAUGGGCAAUCUACGCGACCAUAUUGCACCAUUGCCUGCAUCCGCGGUAUGGUCAACCGAGGUCCUUUGGAUAAAGAAUGCCCCAACUGGAAACUCCACGGUAGCCAGAGUCACUCCGUGGGACCGCAGGAGUUCACACGCCGGCUUCACCGUCAACUUUUCCAAAACCGAAACGAUGGGUUUGAACAACUUCACGUCUGUGGUCGGACGGGUUACCUCAUCAAAGCGACUCUUCUAUUAUACGGAUACACUGUGGUAAUCAAGGCUACCACGGCGGACAAGCAGCAUCUCAUUAAAGCAGAGGCAGACAAUUAUCGUUCUCUUAAGAGCCUGCAGGGAAAACGGAUUCCCGUCUGUCUUGGGACAUUUACGCCACGAGUCUCAUAUUGGUACCAUGGCGAAUUAAUGGCGCAGAUGAUGAUACUGAGCUGGUCUGGAAAACGGCUUCAGCAUGUCAUCAACGAUGAGAAUUCCAGAUUCUUUCACCACGAGCGCGACAAAGCUCUGACCGUGCUUCGGUCGCAUGGAAUUGUCCAUGGCGACAGUGAAUGGCGCAAUAUGCUGUGGGAUGAAAUGGGUGGCCGUUUGUUUGUCAUUGACCUGGAGGAAGUGAAAUGGUUGAAGCGCCCUCGGGCUCUUGAACCAACCUCUGCCAACAUGCGGCAUGGUCAUUGCGUCGGGGCGGGGAAGAGCAGAAAAACGAACCUGUCUAGCUCAACUGCUGUCUGCUGA